UUUUUGCAGCCUGCUCACUUCGGACGGCCAUGGCGCAGCAGGACGGUGCUGACAAGAAGAACCCGGCCGUCGGAGCCUUGCAGUCUCACUUCCUCGUGGGCUCCAUAUCGGAGGAGAACUCGGAGGAUGAAAUCCAGGGGAGAUUAGAUGGGCCGCUGGAGGACAAGGAGAUGAGAUCUGUGUCACCUUCUUCUGGUAGCUCCGACAGCACAAAUGAGAUGGGUUUUGACCUCAUCGAUGGCCCUGUGCACAAUUUAAGACCUAGCAUGUCAGGACUACACUUGGUAAAGCAGGGCAGAGAUCGCAGGAGAAUCGAUCUCCAGCGGGACUUCACCGUCGCUUCACCCGCUGAAUUUGUCACUCGCUUUGGUGGCAACAAAGUCAUUGAAAAGGUGCUAAUUGCCAACAAUGGCAUUGCUGCCGUUAAAUGCAUGCGCUCCAUCCGCCGUUGGGCCUACGAGAUGUUCCGUAAUGAAAGAGCUAUCCGUUUUGUGGUCAUGGUGACCCCAGAAGACCUGAAAGCCAAUGCAGAAUACAUCAAAAUGGCCGAUCAUUAUGUGCCCGUGCCUGGAGGGACUAACAACAACAACUAUGCGAAUGUUGAGCUCAUUCUUGACAUUGCAAAGCGCAUACCUGUUCAGGCAGUGUGGGCAGGAUGGGGUCAUGCCUCAGAAAAUCCCAAACUCCCAGAGCUCCUUCACAAACAUGGCAUUGCCUUUAUGGGUCCACCAAGUCAGGCUAUGUGGGCUCUUGGAGACAAGAUUGCCUCCUCCAUUGUAGCUCAGACGGCUGGUAUUCCAACUCUACCCUGGAGCGGAUCAGGCUUGACAGUGGACUGGUCAGAAAGCAAUCAAAAGAAGAAGAUCAUCAAUGUGCCUAAUGAAUUGUAUGAGAGCGGCUGUAUCCAUGACGUGGAAGAAGGCCUCAAAGCUGCAGAAAAGAUUGGUUAUCCAAUAAUGGUGAAAGCUUCAGAGGGUGGAGGAGGAAAAGGUAUCCGUAAAGUCAACUGUGCAGAAGACUUCCCUAACCUCUUCAGACAGGUUCAGGCAGAAGUGCCAGGAUCCCCCAUCUUUGUCAUGCAGCUUGCCAAGCAUGCCCGUCACCUGGAGGUGCAGAUUUUGGCGGAUCAAUAUGGAAAUGCAAUUUCCUUGUUUGGCAGGGACUGCUCUGUUCAGCGACGUCAUCAGAAAAUUAUUGAAGAGGCUCCGGCAACCAUAGCUACCUCUGAUAUAUUUGAAGAUAUGGAAAAGUGUGCUGUGAAGCUGGCCAAGAUGGUCGGUUAUGUCAGUGCAGGUACUGUAGAAUACCUCUACAGCCAGGAUGACAGUUUUUACUUCCUGGAGCUCAACCCCCGUCUGCAGGUGGAACACCCCUGUACUGAAAUGGUGGCUGAUGUCAACUUGCCUGCUGCUCAAAUGCAGAUUGCGAUGGGUAUUCCUCUUUAUCGGAUCAAAGACAUCCGGAUGCUUUAUGGGGUCCAGCCUUGGGGAGAUACUCCCAUUGACUUUGAGUCCCUGUCAAACACACCCUCCCCACGCGGGCAUGUCAUCGCAGCACGCAUCACCAGUGAAAACCCAGAUGAGGGCUUCAAGCCAAGCUCCGGAACGGUGCAAGAACUGAAUUUCCGAAGCAAUAAAAAUGUCUGGGGUUACUUCAGUGUUGCUGCAGCAGGAGGCCUGCACGAGUUUGCGGACUCUCAGUUUGGGCACUGUUUCUCUUGGGGGGAGAAUCGUGAGGAAGCCAUCUCCAACAUGGUGGUUGCUCUCAAGGAACUGUCUAUCAGAGGAGACUUUCGAACCACAGUGGAAUACCUGAUUAAGCUGCUGGAGACUGAAAGCUUUCAGCAUAACAGCAUCGACACAGGCUGGCUGGAUCGUCUUAUUGCGGAGAAGAUGCAGGCUGAGCGUCCUGACACCAUGCUUGGAAUUGUGAGUGGAGCUCUGCAUGUCGCAGAUGUCAAUCUAAGAAACAGUGUUUCCAACUUUCUUCAUUCCCUAGAAAGGGGGCAGGUGCUACCAGCGCAUACACUACAGAACACGGUGGAUGUGGAGCUGAUCUACGAAGGCACAAAGUAUGUCCUGAAAGUGACACGGCAAUCUCCCAACUCGUAUGUGGUGAUCAUGAACAGCUCAUUGGCCGAGGUGGAUGUUCAUCGCCUGAGUGAUGGGGGCCUCUUGCUGUCAUAUGACGGAAGCAGCUACACUACAUACAUGAAGGAAGAGGUGGAUAGGUAUCGAAUCACAAUUGGGAACAAAACGUGUGUUUUUGAAAAGGAGAACGAUCCCUCGCUGCUGCGAUCUCCCUCAGCUGGGAAACUCAUUCAGUACACAGUUGAGGAUGGUGGACAUGUGUUUGCUGGACAGUGCUUUGCAGAAAUAGAGGUGAUGAAGAUGGUCAUGACCCUCACUGCCGCAGAGUCGGGAUGUAUUCACUAUGUGAAAAGAGCCGGAGCAGCUCUGGAACCUGGCUGUGUCAUUGCCAAACUGCAGCUGGAUGACCCAAGCAGAGUGCAACAGGCGGAGCUGUACACAGGAGCACUUCCUUUAGCCCAGACCGUAGCCCUGAGGGGUGAGAAGCUGCAUAGAGUAUUCCACAGUACUCUGGACCAUCUCGUUCACAUAAUGAACGGCUACUGCCUUCCUGAGCCUUUCUUCAGUGCUAAACUGAAAGAGUGGGUGGAAAGGCUCAUGAAAACCAUGCGUGAUCCAUCCUUACCCCUUCUUGAACUUCAGGACAUCAUGACUAGCGUUUCAGGUCGGAUCCCCCCUGCUGUAGAGAAGGCCAUUAAAAAGGAGAUGGCUCAGUACGCCAGCAACAUAACAUCUGUGCUCUGCCAGUUCCCCAGCCAGCAGAUUGCAAAUAUCCUGGAUAGCCAUGCUGCUACUCUCAACAAGAAAUCAGAGAGAGAAGUGUUCUUCAUGAACACUCAAAGCAUUGUCCAACUGGUGCAGAAGUAUCGCAGCGGCAUCCGAGGCCACAUGAAGGCAGUGGUGAUGGACUUACUCAGACAGUACCUUAAAGUAGAGAUCCAGUUCCAGAAUGGCCACUAUGACAAGUGUGUGUUUGCACUCAGAGAAGAAAACAAAGGGGACAUGGUCAAUGUUGUGAACUACAUUUUCUCCCAUGCACAAGUCACUAAGAAGAACCUGCUGGUUACUAUGCUGAUUGACCAGCUAUGUGGCCGUGAUCCCACACUGACAGAUGAACUGAUGACCAUUUUGACUGAGCUCACACAGCUCAGCAAGACUACCAAUGCCAAGGUGGCUCUGCGUGCUCGGCAGGUUCUGAUAGCAUCCCACCUCCCUUCCUAUGAGCUACGACACAACCAGGUGGAGUCCAUCUUCCUGUCUGCUAUCGAUAUGUACGGGCACCAGUUCUGCAUUGAGAACCUGCAGAAACUCAUCCUUUCGGAGACGUCCAUCUUUGAUGUCCUGCCCAACUUUUUCUACCACAGUAAUCAGGUGGUCAGGAUGGCUGCUCUUGAGGUGUACGUGAGGAGAGCAUACAUCGCUUAUGAACUGAACAGUGUGCAGCAUCGACAGCUGAAGGACAACACAUGUGUUGUAGAAUUCCAAUUCAUGCUUCCCUCCUCACACCCCAACAGAGGGAACAUCCCAACUCUCAACAGGAUGUCCUUCUCAUCCAACCUCAAUCACUAUGGGAUGAUGCAUGUAGCCAGUGUAAGCGACGUCCUGCUUGACACAUCUUUUACACCACCCUGUCAACGUAUGGGAGCCAUGGUUUCUUUCCGUUCCUUCCAAGAGUUUACAAGGAACAUUAAUGAUGUCCUGAGCUGCUUCUCUGACUCUCCACCUGCAAGUCCAAUGUUCCCUGAUGGAGGCAACCCUGUCCUGUAUGGUGAAGAGGACAACAAGAGCGUUCAGGACGAGCCAAUCCACAUUCUGAAUGUGGCCAUAAAGACAGACAGUGACAUUGAUGAUGAUGGCCUGGCAGCCAUGUUUCUGGAGUUCACUCAAUCCAACAAAUCAUUGCUGUUUGAACAUGGCAUCCGAAGACUGACAUUCCUUGUUGCACAGAAGGAUUUCAGGAAACAAGUCAACUGUGAGGUGGACCAAAGGUUUCACAGAGAAUUCCCCAAAUUCUUCACAUUCCGGGCAAGAGAUAAGUUUGAGGAGGACAGGAUCUAUCGGCACCUAGAGCCAGCUUUAGCGUUCCAGUUGGAGCUCAACCGCAUGCGAAAUUUUGCACUAACUGCCAUUCCCUGUGCCAACCAUAAGAUGCACUUGUAUUUGGGUGCAGCCCGUGUGGAGGUGGGGACAGAGGUCACUGACUAUCGUUUCUUUGUUCGAGCAAUUAUCCGCCACUCUGAUCUGGUCACAAAGGAAGCUUCCUUUGAAUACCUUCACAAUGAAGCAGAGCGUCUUCUGCUGGAAGCCAUGGAUGAACUGGAAGUGGCUUUUAACAACACAACCGUACGGACCGACUGUAACCACAUCUUCCUCAACUUUGUCCCUACAGUCAUCAUGGAUCCGUCAAAGAUCGAGGAGUCUGUGCGGUCCAUGGUGAUGCGUUAUGGCAGUCGUCUGUGGAAGCUCCGGGUCCUGCAAGCUGAACUGAAAAUCAACAUCCGCCUGACACCAACGGGAAAGCAGAUUCCAAUUCGCCUCUUCCUGACAAAUGAGUCGGGCUACUACCUGGAUAUCAGCCUGUACAAGGAGGUCACUGACUCCCGAACGGGACAGAUUAUGUUCCAAGCAUAUGGUGACAAGCAAGGGCCCUUGCAUGGCAUGUUAAUCAAUACACCGUACGUGACAAAGGACCUGUUGCAGUCCAAGCGUUUCCAGGCACAAUCUUUGGGCACCACAUACGUCUACGACUUUCCAGAAAUGUUCAGACAGGCUCUGAAAAAGCUCUGGCACUCCAGUCAGGCUUAUGCUUACCUACCUGAAUGCCCCCCUCCUUCAGAGCUGCUCACCUUCACCGAGCUGGUUCUGGAUGCACAGGGUCAGUUGGUGCAGAUGAACAGACUGCCGGGAGGAAAUGAGAUUGGCAUGGUGGCAUGGCGUAUGACCCUGCGAACCCCAGAGUAUCCAGCAGGACGGGAGAUCAUUAUCAUAAGCAAUGACAUAACUCACAAGAUUGGCUCAUUUGGACCUCAGGAGGAUGUGCUUUUCCUUCGAGCCUCAGAGAUGGCCAGGGAGAGUGGCAUCCCUCGCAUCUACAUCGCAGCAAACAGUGGUGCCCGCAUCGGCCUGGCUGAGGAGAUCAGACACAUGUUCCAUGUAGCUUGGCAGGAUCCAGCUGAUCCAUACAAGGGAUUCAAGUAUCUCUACCUCACACCUCAGGACUACAAAAAAGUCUCUGCUCUUAACUCUGUACAUUGCGAGCAUGUUGAAGAUGGGGGUGAAUCAAGGUACAAGAUCACUGAUAUUAUUGGAAAGGAAGAGGGGCUGGGUGUGGAGAAUCUGAGAGGAUCUGGAAUGAUUGCUGGAGAAUCUUCUCUAGCUUAUGAGGAGAUCAUCACCAUGAAUCUGGUGACUUGUCGAGCAAUAGGCAUUGGAGCCUAUCUGGUGAGACUUGGACAGAGAACCAUCCAAGUGGACAACUCUCACAUAAUCCUCACUGGAGCUGGGGCCCUCAACAAGGUGCUGGGCAGAGAGGUUUACACUUCCAACAACCAACUUGGUGGAAUUCAGAUCAUGCACAACAACGGUGUGACCCACAGUACUGUCUGUGAUGAUUUCGAGGGCGUCUUUAACUUGUUGCAGUGGCUUUCCUACAUGCCCAAGUGUAAAUCCAGUCCAGUGCCCAUCAUCAGCGCCAAGGAUCCCAUAGAUCGGCUGGUGGAGUUUUUGCCGACCAAAACUCCUUAUGAUCCUCGCUGGAUGCUGAUGGGACGUCAAACUCCAAAAGGUUCCUGGCAGAGCGGCUUCUUUGACCAAGGCUCCUUCAUGGAGAUCAUGCAGCCAUGGGCACAGAGUGUGGUGGUGGGCAGAGCCAGACUGGGAGGGAUACCUACAGGGGUUGUGGCUGUAGAAACCAGGACGGUGGAGCUAUCGAUCCCAGCCGAUCCAGCCAAUCUGGACUCGGAGGCAAAGGUCAUCCAGCAGGCAGGGCAGGUGUGGUUCCCAGACUCUGCUUUUAAAACGGCACAGGCCAUUAAGGAUCUGAACCGGGAGGGUUUACCUCUCAUUGUGUUUUCCAACUGGAGAGGCUUUUCUGGGGGAAUGAAAGACAUGUACGACCAGGUGUUGAAGUUCGGGGCCUACAUCGUGGAUGGACUGAGAGAGUACAAGCAGCCUGUUUUGGUUUAUAUCCCCCCUCAGGCUGAGCUGAGAGGUGGCUCCUGGGUGGUCAUAGAUCCCACCAUCAACCCCCGUCACAUGGAGAUGUAUGCAGAUAAGGACAGCCGAGGUGGCGUGUUGGAGCCUGAAGGAACAGUGGAGAUCAAGUUUAGAAGGAAGGAUCUGGUGAAGACCAUGAGACGAGUAGAUCCGGUCUACAUGGGCUUGGCGGAAAGACUCGGGACUCCAGAACUGAGCCCUGCUGAUCGCAAAGACCUGGAGACCAAGCUGAAGGAGCGUGAGGAGUUUUUGCUGCCUAUCUACCAUCAGGUGGCUGUGCAGUUCGCUGACCUCCACGACACCCCCGGUCGCAUGCAAGAGAAGGGCGUCAUCACGGACAUCCUGGAAUGGCAAACUUCCCGCCAGUUCUUCUACUGGCGUCUGAGGCGCCUGCUGCUGGAGGACACGGUGAAGAAGAAGAUCCAAGCAGCCAACAGUGAGCUGACAGAUGGCCAGAUUCAGGCAAUGCUGCGUCGCUGGUUUGUGGAGGCAGAGGGGGCUGUUAAGGCAUAUCUGUGGGAUAACAAUGAAGAGGUGGUUUCAUGGCUGGAGAGGCAGCUGGCCGAAGAGGAGGGUGCCAGAUCUGUCAUCGAUGAGAACAUCAAAUACAUCCGAAGAGAUCACCUGCUUAAGCAGAUCCGCAGCCUCGUUCAAGCUAAUCCAGAGGUUGCCAUGGACUCGAUCGUACACAUGACUCAGCACAUCUCCGCCACACAGAGAGCUGAGGUGGUGCGAAUCCUGUCCACCAUGGAGGCGUCUACCUCAUCCUAACACUGUUGUACUGGGCUUUGGUAAAACAGAAGGAGCCAUGACUCCUGAGUGGGACCUGAGCUGGAAACGUUGGACGAGAGGAACCAACAUUGUAGCCCUAGGAAAAGCAGGGCUGCUGGUAAAGCUUUGGAAAUGAUUCUCGCUCUGUAAGACGUCAAAUGAUUGAUGGUAUCUCUAAUAUUUUGUACAUUACUCUCAUAAGUCUUAGUGUCUGCUUAAGUCUGUAAAUGUAUUUUCCAGUGCAAUUUAAAAAAAUAAAUGUCUGGUAAUUGGUAUUUAAUAUGUUUAGGAUUUAUUUAUUAUGAAAGGAUCUAUCCUUCCAUGAUAAUCAGUGACCUCCAUCCUUUUAACCUGGAGCGUGCACAGUAAUAUAUUUUUUAGAAAUGCUCUACUACUGUUAGAAAAGCACCUUGGUUUGUGACAUAUGCUUGUGAAGGUUUACAAGUGUUUUGAUGACCAGCUCAACAAUGACAACACAUCGCCUGUGGAGUUGACCAAAAAGGAGUUUCGCUCUACUAUAUAAAAAGCAUUUAGUUACUGAACAAAGACAGGAAACGCUAAGGCAGAUUUGGCCAGGGAAGCCCAGCAGGAAGCGCGACGAGGUCCCUUUUAGACCCCGACUGUUUCACAGUUACCCUGCAGUGAGCAGUGGGCAGCUUGCCUCAUAACAAAACCACAGCUGUCCCCUCUGUUCUCACCCACACAUGCUGCUUAACAGGCACUUUAGUGCUUACUGUCCGCUCACACUGCACCGAGAGCCGAGCCCCGCUCAGGUCUCUCUGCUAGAUAAGCGCAUACGCACAAAGUGGCACAAACUAACACACAGAGUGGAUAAAAGCUAAAAUACAAAUUGAUAAUGGCUCCAUUGACAGAGUAAGUAACAGAAAGCUUGUUUUGAGGGAUUAGGUCAUCUUUUGCUGUGUUGCUUGCACAAACAGCACAAUAGCUUCAGGUUUUUAACCAAAGAUAUUGGUUUGAAUUGAAAACAAGUCGGUGGGCAAAUCAGUCAUGUCUAUCAGAAACGGCAAACGCUGCUCUUCACUUGCCUCGAUAUGUUACGUGUCAGAUGUAGUGUCCCAAUGUCCACAAACACUCUUCCAUAAUGUUUAUGAAUUGUAAAAUGGAAGUUCCUGAAAGCAAUGAUGGAAUCUUUUUGAAAACUGCCUCAGACGGCAGAACAUUACAGCUAAAGAGCUCUGUGAUGUUAAAUUCAUCUCUCUUGCAUUAUGUCAUUUGAUUUGCUGUUAUCCUCAUGGCUGCAUGGAUCAGUUUUGUGCCUUUUGUUCCAACAUGUACAUGCUGACCAGAUGCUUUAGAUAUAACCGUUUACUUACAGAAGACUUUACAGCAAGAAGCUUUAGACAUGUCUGCUGGUUGAAUAAAACGUACUAACUAACUUCA